GUGGAAGACUAUUUUGGAUAUCUUGGCCCUUUUUGAAAUGACCAAAGGUGAACGCGAAAAGUCUACCGCUGACUUGGAAAAGGUUACCGACCACGUGGAAGAGUUUGACUCAGAGUCUCUAAGAAAGUCUGUCAGUGCAGUGUUGAGCUUUGAACAAGGUUCGAAAAAGGAACUAAAAGGAACGACAGUCAAGAUUGCUGCAGAUGACGUUAACUUUCUUAUCAACGAAUUACAUUUGGAUAAAAAAGAAGCUGAAAAUUGGUUGAAACAACAGAACGGAGACUUGUUACAAGUCGUGAAGCUACUGAUAAACCCAAGUAAACCCUGAAAAUUGUCGUUAUUCUACAUUUUU